AUGUUCAAUCUUUCAGAAUGGUUCCAUGCUCGUCGAGGUUUCUCCAGGGCAAUCUUUCUGUGUGUCAAUGCUGCAAUUCUUCUCUGGUGGGGGAUCCCUACCAGCAAUGUUAAUGUUCCUGGGGAAGAUACCAGUGAACCUCAAAAGUCUGCAAUCAUUGACCUGACUGCGGAAAACAUGAAACAGCAUCGCCGGUUAGCUCCCAUCAGUGGAUAUGUCCAAUAUGGAGGAAAUCUUGUGGGAGAUUCCGAUAUGGGAGAAUUUGGAGACUCUGUGGCCAUAGACGAGACAGGGACAACAAUAGUGGUCCGUGAAUUGACAACUGGCACCAUUCGUGUCUACGAGAAUGCUGCCAACAGAUGGACCCAAAAAGGUCAAGACUUGACAGGUUUUCCUCUCUUGUUUUUUCUAAGUAGUGGACGUUCAGUUGCAAUAUCAAGUGAUGGCAGCAUUGUUGCUGUUGGCUCUCCCAUCAAUGAAGUUGUUGUGGUAUUCCAAUACCACACAAGCACAGGGAUGUGGUUGCAAAGAUGCAGUACAAUUGUUGGUGUUCUCUUGGAUGGCUCCUCAAAUUAG